GUAAGAGGUUACGAUGGUGACAUUGAUUUACUUCGUAAUAAAACGAUGUGCUGGUUCUAAUGUAAAAUAAGUCUUUUCUUUGGAGAAAAACGAAUAUUAUUAACCCAACUGAACUUUCACCAAGCUUUCAGUGUACAGUUUUCUCACUGUCACAGCGUUGCAAACUUCAUACUACAUUUAAAUGAAGAUUUAAUUGUUCUGAUUUAGACACUGCAGAGAGAUUCUUCACUUCAAAGUCUCGAGUAUUGCGAGCAUGUGGUGGAGUGUUGCAGGCAUUGGGGGUGGACUCAUCAGGAAAUGUUUUCACCUGUCACACACCUGUGCUGUGUGUGGCCGGCCCCGGACUGUUUCCUCAUUCAUCACAUCUCACAAAGUACAUAAAGUACUAACCGGUCAGGUUCACAGGACAUAUGCUAGCACUGUUAGGAAGAAACCGUCCUGGCGGAAGAGGUUCCUACUCCUCUCUUCAGUCAGUCUUAUGGCUGGAGGCGGGGUUUACGUUUUACUAGAUGCUCCACAGAGGCGAAAGGUCAGAGUUAUGGUUGGUGGUGUAGGCAGGUUUUUAAGAUCAGGUAUAAUAGGACUGGCAAUAUCUUUAGAUUAUAAAUGGAGUCUGUGGAAUUUAGAAGAUGAAACGGAGCAAUAUAACAGCGCUAUACGUUCCUGCCACAAGAGGGCUGCUCAAAGAAUCCUGGCUGGCUGUCUGGCCAAUGGUGGCCUCUACGUCAAACUGGGGCAGGGACUGAAUGCCAUGAACCACAUUCUACCUCGAGAGUACAUUGAUACGUUAGUGGUAUUACAAGAUAAGGCUCUUCACCGUGGACCAGAUGAGGUACGUCAGCUGUUUCUGGAAGAUUUUGGGGUCACUCCAGACAAGAUGUUUCGUGAGUUUGAUACAGAACCAAUUGCUGCGGCUAGUCUGGCUCAGGUCCAUAAAGCCAUGACGCAUGAGGGAGAGAAAGUGGCAGUUAAGGUACAGUACAUAGACCUGCGGGACAGGUUUGUUGGGGACAUUGCUACCUGCGAGCUACUAUUGCGCUUAAUUGGAUGGAUCCACCCCAAUUUUGGUUUCGCCUGGGUUUUACAGGAUUUGAAAGGCAACCUUGCGGAGGAAUUAGAUUUUGAAAAGGAGGGUAGAAAUGGUGAGGAAUGUCAGCGGGACCUGAAGGACUUUAAGUACAUCUAUGUGCCAAAGAUACACUGGGGGAAAACCAGUAAACGAGUACUAACAGCAGAGUUCAUUGAUGGCGUGAAAAUAAAUGAUAAGGCAGGACUGCUGAAGAUGGGCCUGACUUUUAAAGAUGUUGAUGAAAAGUUAGUGAAAUGUUUUGCUCACCAGAUAUUCCGCUCAGGUUUUGUUCAUGCAGACCCUCACCCAGGCAAUAUAUUUGUGCGUCGUGGUACUGAUGGGAAGGCAGAGCUGGUUUUGCUGGAUCAUGGCCUGUAUGACCGGCUAUCCCCGCCCCACAGGGAAGCCCUAUGUAAGCUGUACAAGUCCAUCAUUAAGAGGGAUGAGCUAGGCAUGGAGCAGUUCUCCAGGGAGCUGGGAGUGGAAGACUAUUACAUAUUUGCCAUGAUGGUCGUGUCACGACCUGUCAAACUGAAAAGUCACCCACCUGUCAGAAUGAAGCGGUACACGAAGAAGGAGUGGCGAGAGAUGAGCCCAGAGACGAAGGCGGAGCUGCGUGCUUUUUUUGUCGACCUCCACGAGAGAGUGUUACAAGUGCUGAAAGACAUGCCUUCACCUCUCCUCCUUAUAUUUAGAAACAUGAACAUCAUCCGUGCCAUAAACAGAGAACAUGGCCACCCUGUGGACAGGUACACUAUCAUGGCACACAGUGCAAUCUCGGGCUCCUAUCAGCAUGGCAACACGAGAGGGCUUUUGGCACGGGCUUACAGCUGGUUAGAGAGAUGUCACUUGGAUUAUAGAAUAAGUGUUGAAAAGUUCCAAAUGUGGCUUGCCACAACGUACCUGAGGCUGCUUGCAUUGAUUGGUCGAAGCCCUUCGUUUGAGAAAGUUAAGCAGCUCAUGGACACUGCAGAAAAACAGUAUGACACAAUUUGAUGGCAGUUGACCUUUAGAUCCUGGAUAUACAAGUAUGCCUUCAGAUUUUCUUAUUUAUAAUUCAUCACUGUAUUUAUAAAUAUGUAGAUAAAAGUUUUAAAAGUGGGA